AUGUUCGCCUCCAAGCGGUUAGGAAAGGAGCUUACUAAGAUGAAAUCGCAUCUACCUCCGGGCAUCGAGAUAGUCCAAGCUGAGAACUUUGAACAAUGGCUCAUGGACAUCCGCGUCCUCGACACCAAUCCUCUCUAUCAAGACCAGAUCUUCCGACUUAAGAUUACCUUCAGCUCGAAAUAUCCUAUCGAACCGCCCGAAGUCGUCUUUGUCAAAAUCUCACAACCUACAGACACCCCGCGCGACAUCCCCAUCCACCCACACAUCUACUCCAACGGCUUCAUCUGUCUAGACCUCCUCUCCUCAGCGGGCUGGUCACCCGUCCAGACUGUCGAAAGUGUAUGCAUGAGUCUCCAGAGCAUGUUGACCGCCAACACCAAGAACGAACGUCCACCCGAUGAUACCGAGUUCGUAAAAGGGAACAAGAGGAGGCCGCGGGAUGUGAAUUUUUACUAUCACGAUGAUAAUGUUUGA